UUGAUUUGUAAAGUUAAAAAAAAUGAAAAAUCAUAGAUAUGCAUUGAAGUACAGUGAGAAUUUUGUUGCAAAGUUGGAGCCCCUUCCUUCCAGGUAAAGUUGGAGUGUAUAUACAACAACAUCAACAACAAGAAAGAGUUUUUUUUAUACCAAUAUUGCAUGAGACGGCUUCUCUGAUCUGACUUUUCUUUUAUAUUACAUUUUUAUUGACCCUUGGUUAUGCUUGUGCCGUUCAUGAUGACUAUUAUUAUAUAUUAAAUCUAAACUUGAGAUGCAAUGCAUCGUUGGAAACCAUAGAGGUUACUAUAAAAGGAAGAGAAGCCAAACAACUAAUCGGUGUAUCAGUACUACUACAAAUAUCUUUUUUAAUCUUUUCUAGUUUUGGGAGUGAUGGCAAAGGUUGAGUCCAAUUCUAACUCUAAUCAUUUCCAAUCUCCCACAUGGGAUAGAGAAAAUGGCUAUUCUGCUAGUUCUAAUGCAGAGAAGAAGCUCAAAUUAUUUGGGGUUGAGUUAACACCUAGUAAGAAUGAUGAGAGCAACAUGAAAGGCUCAGCAGAAGGAGAUGAAAGUGUAAACUCAUCAACAACAACAGUUUCAUCUGAAAGAGAGAAGAAACUUUCCAAGGAAAGGAGCUUAAUUGGGGGCCUUGAUGACAAGAAGUUCGAGUGCCAAUAUUGUCUCAAGGAGUUUGCAAACUCACAAGCAUUAGGAGGUCACCAAAAUGCCCAUAAGAAGGAGAGGAUGAAGAAGAAAAGGUUGCAGCUUCAAGCAAGGAAAGCCAGCCUCAACUGUUACCUUCAACCUUACAGCCAAGCCUUUACUAAUUCUAAUGGCAACAGUACUGUUCCUUGGUUUUACAGUCCCUCAUCAGAGUUCACAGUCUACGAUGAGUCUCAGAUUUGUUUCAAUAAUCCCUUUGAUCAAGAUGCUCAUGUUAAUGGCUCUCAAUUAUCAAAGUGGUAUGCUGUACCUGCUCAAGUCUCUUUCCAACAAGAUUCAUGUAGCUUCACUUUAACACAUAGUGACAGGUCCAGAGAGAAUAGGCCCAAUAUCUUUAAGCCUUCAGCCUUGCCUGCUUCUAAGCAAAGCUAUAAAUCCUUGGAUUUACAGUUAGGCAUGAACAUGCAAGCAAAUAUGCGAAGCUCCUCUAGAAGUGGUAGAUAGAAAAUAUGUAAUUUAUUCCACAAUAUAUGUAGGUGAUUAAACACAGUGCCAUGUAUCUUCUCCAGUGGCUUGAAAUCUUUAGACUUUCAAGAACUGGAAAUUCAUUUCAAAAUUUGCCUGAUGUGUGCAUGGCUGGUAUUGUCAACAGCAACUUUAAAUCAAAAAAUAGAAAAAUUUUUGUUCACAGAUA